AUGCUGGGGUGGAACACUAUCGACCUGGACGCCGGCCUCUUCACCGAGCUUGUGGAGAAGCUUGGAGUGAAAGGCGUCGAGCUCAACGAUGUUUAUCUGCUUGACCCCGAGUCAUUGGCGGCGCUUGCUCCCGUGUACGGGGUGAUCUUCUUGUUCAAGUGGCGCCAACACGAUCAAGGCCAACUCCCCGCUGGCGGUGUCUACGACACUGACUACCAAAACCACAAUAUCUUUUUUGCUCAGCAGACGAUCCAGGAUGCCUGUGCCACCAUUGCGGUGCUUAAUUGUUUGAUGAACCGGCCAGAAAUUGAUUUGGGCAAUGACCUCACCGAUUUCAAAAUGUUCACCACGGGGUUUGAUUCCGAGAUGACUGGUGACACUAUCAGCAACUCGGAGUUGAUCCGUACGGUACACAACUCGUUUUCGGUGCCUAACUCGUUGAUUAUUGAUGAAAUGAGCCGUCCUCAAGGUGAUGGCGACUUAUACCAUUUUGUCGCUUACACUCCAAUCAACGGCCAUAUCUACGAGUUGGACGGGCUUCGGCCGUACCCGAUUAAGCACCGUGAGUGCUCAGGUGUCGAUGAAUUUGUCCACUUGAUCCCAGAAGUCAUCCAACAGCGCAUCGCUCAGUUUGGCAAUGAGCUCCGGUUCCUGAUGCUUGCCAUCAGCGACAAUCGCCUUGAGAAAGCUAAACGCAUUGGCGACCACGUUGGCCUCGAACACGAGAUCGUCAAGCGCGACCAGUGGCGGAAGGAAAACAUGCUCCGUCGCCACGAACACACUGGUCUCGUGAUUGAGCUCUUAAAGAAUAUCAUUGCGGAGAAAUCCGACGCUGAGUUUGAAGCCUGGCUCGACCAAGGCCGCAAGCCAGCAUGA